AUGAGCGAUUCACGUCGUUCUAGGCGGCCCGACAGCCGCCAAAUGUGGGACGAAUCAGAUCGUCGCGACAGGAACCCUCCUCGAGACCGAGACCGGGAGCGUGACCGAGAUCGCGAGCGCGGCUGGGACAAUCGAGAUAGAGGAAAGGGCCGUGACCGUGACCGAGGACGAGACCGCCGCGCCUACAGAUCACGAUCGCGAGACCGACGCGACAACCAGAACGAUCGCUCCAUGUCACCGGAUAACCACCGACGAGAUCGUGGGGGAGACAGAAGCCGAGGCGGCAGAGAUCGGCGCGGAGGACGAGACGGGGAUAGACGAGAGAGCCCUCGCCGGUAUGGCGAUAGAGAUGACCGUGAUGGCUAUAACAGAGACAGAAGACCAAAUUAUCGCGAGGACCGCCGCCGCUCAGCCUCCCCUCCUUCCCACCCCUCCGCUCUCCCCACCCGCCCUCAUCCCGAAAACGACUCUCGAAAGCCUCAGUCCGACGCCGCAAAGCGGACAGGCACGAGAAGUCCCUCACCCCGCCGCGAUCGCGACUCCAGGCGAAAUGCAACCCCUUCGCCCUCCAGAAUGGAGCAGGACGACUACGAUGACGAUAUUGAAGUCGAGGGCCAAGACGAUGACGGCCUCGCCGCUAUGCAGGCCAUGAUGGGCUUCGGCGGCUUUGGCACGACAAAGGGGAAGAAAGUAGCGGGCAAUAACGCCGGCGGCGUGCGGAAGGAGAAGAAGUCGGAGUAUCGCCAGUAUAUGAACCGGCAAGGAGGUUUCAACAGACCCUUGAGUCCGUCACGAUGA